AUGCAAAGAAAUGGAAAAGCGAUAUCGUUAAGGAAGAAAGAAGACGGCGAAAAGAAGUCACGGACUGGAAAGCCGAGGCACAAAAGUGGAAAAAAGAAUCCCAGCGAUUACGACGAAAUGCGAAGGCUCGGGAAAGACGAGCUGAGGAGAACCGUAGGAUCGCAGAGGGCAAGUGGAGAG